AUGGUACCACAGUUCUGCCCCUCCUUCUCUACCAGAACCGCGCCGCCUUCCACCCGCCGAUCGCCGUCCGUGCCAACCUCGACUGUCGGCUCACAAUCGUCGGAGCCGAGCCAGACGCAGGCUCGUGGUAAGACCGAGUCGAAUCGCGGGCUCGAGCCACAAGCGCUCGCUCGCUCGCUCGCCGUUGGGCUGCGUGCAUUCGCUCCGCCGGCGGCGAUGAUGAGCUUCGAGGGGGGCACGGCCUUUGCCGAGUCGGACGCCGAUGACGAGUACGAGCGGAGCGUCGACGACCGCCCUCCCUUGAGAGAUGCCGAGACCUCGCCCAUAGAUUCCGAGAUCUCGACAUCGGCCGAGCACACGCCGACGACGUACGGCCAGAGCGGCGGUGCCGACAAACUGCCCGACGCCAUCAUCAACGACUGGACCGCCGAUGAGUGCGCCAACUUCCUCGGCACCGUUGGCUUGGCCCAAUACGCCGAUCGCUUCCUAGAAAACGAAAUCGUCGGCGAGGCGCUGGUGGCGCUCCAGCACGAAGACCUCAAGAGCAUGGGCAUAGUCAGCGUCGGCCAUCGACUGACGAUCCUGAAGAGCGUGUACGAUGUCAAAAAGGCACAGGAUGCUCCCUUUGAGGGCGACCAUUAUCUUCCACUGUCGGCCGAUGCCGAAGCCCAGAACGCGACGGCGACGUUGCAGGACGUCAAACACCUGGCCGAGCAGCUGCGUCUGCGCGACGAGCGGAUGAGUCUGCUGGAGCAAGAGCUGCGGAGGAUGACGGACGAUUUUCGACGGCUCCGGGAAGACAUGCUCCCGGCCUUGCGCCUCGUCAAGGAUGCGCAGCAGCCGCUGCCGAACCUGAGCGGCGGCGGCGGCGGCACGGCGUACAGCUACGAGCCGGCGGCCCUGUCGCCGCCCGCCCCGACGCCGCCGCCCGGCCAAGGCCCCGGCCCGGGCGUGAUGCGGGCCUACUCGCAGCGCCGGAUCUUGAUCGGCGCGGCACCGCCCAAGGGCAACUCGCCGACGCAGCCGACGCACGAGAGGAGCAUCGUGGAACAGACGAUGGACCCGGCCAACGCGGCCGAGCGCGCCGUACUUUCGUCGUCGCACCUCGCGGCCAUGAACGGCACCGGCCAGAACGCGGCUCCGUACCCGUCCCCGAACAUGCCGUCCCCCACGUCGCCGCAGCUGCACCUGAGCGGGACAACGCUCGCGUCGCGGUCCUACCGCAGCGACUCGAUAGCGCCGUCGGCCAGGUCGACGCUGAACGAGACGGACGCGGCCAACUACGCGGCGCGCGAAAAGUCAUCGGCCGGAGCGCCGCCACGACGGCGAGAGACGCCGGUGCCCGACACGCCGAGCACGAGCAACGCGGCGGUCGAGAUAUUCAAAUCGUUCCGCGUCAGCAUGGACGACCCGUGCUACAAGGUGCUCCCGGCGGCGCUGAAGAAGUACCAGAUCAACGCGCCCUGGGACCAGUACGCCCUGUACAUCGUCUACGGCGACCAGGAGCGUUGCCUCGGCAUGGAUGAGAAGCCUCUGAUUCUCUUCAAGCAACUCGACAAGGAAGGAAAGAAGCCCAUGUUUAUGCUUCGGAAAACGAACAACGCCGGCGCCGACGAGCCCGGAAGCGCCGGCGGCAUGAGCGGAGCGGCGCGCGGCGCGCCGACGGGAUACGACCCUCCCGGAGGCAUCAUAUGA